CAGAGGACGCCGUGAGUGCAUUAAAGCCAAUGAAGGAUGCAACCAUGCUGAUGUCAGAAGAGCGCAAUCCAACAGUUUCUCUCAUUGCCCCUAUAAAUGCACAACUUCUCCAGAGCAUGACAGACACGAUGGGAGACACACCCAUGAUCCAUGAGAUCAAGAAUUCUAUUAGAACAGAUCUCCAGAAGAGGUACAGCAGUGAGGCCGAGAAGAAGAUCCUUCAUACAGCCUCUGCACUGGAUCCUCGCUUUAAGGGACUGCCUUUCAUCCUCACAGAUGAAGAAAGAUUGGAGAUAUUUAAAGGAGUCACUGAGGAAGCUGCAUCCUUGGAGAUUACAUCAGAUGAGAGUGAGAGGACACAAGAGGAUCAUCAAGUGCCUAGAAGAAAACAAACUCUGGAAGAAGAGGACAGUUCACCCAUCGAAGACAACCAUUCUGAAUCUCCACCAUCUCCUCCCAAAAAGGCCAGAUCGCUGCUCGUGAGUUUGCUGGGACAGUCUUUCACUGACACUGAAGGUACAAUAGAACCCAAAAAGACCCCCUAUGCCAAGGCUGAAGAGGAAAUGGAAAACUAUUGUAAAGCCCCACCUCUGCCUCUCACUGAGGACCCUUUGAACUGGUGGCGUGAGCAUGAGGUCAUAUUUCCCCUCCUUUCUCGGCUGUCAAAGCAAUACUUGUGUAUCCCAGGUACAAGCGUGUCUGCAGAGCGGGUUUUCUCCACUGCAGGAGAUGUGGUAACUGCAAAAAGAAGCGCCCUCAAACCAGACCAUGUAGAUCAAUUGGUGUUCUUACAGAAAAAUCUACAUGUUCCCAAAUGCUGAGCAGUGUUUUUAAUUUUAUAGAUUUUGUUUAUAGCAUUGUCUCUGCCACUGAAAUUUUUUAUU